UUGUGUUUAACGUGUUGUACUGGUGCAAAAGCUUUUGGAAUGCGGAUGACAGGCACUAUGAAACCAAGCCCGAAAAAAUCCUCCUCCUCGAAGGUGAAGCAACGCACCAAAUCCUCCAGCAGCAAUAGCAACAACAACAACAACAACAACAGUAGCAUCCUUGGUACGAAUCAGCAACAUUUGUCCGGUACAUUAGCUGGAUCGGCACCCUCCUCCAACUCAUCCAACAAUCAAACGCAACAGCAACUAUCACAUCCACCGCAGAAGCAAGCAAUACCACAGAGCGAUUCGUCCGGGAACGAUGCAUCGAACAUGGGUUCUUCCAAGGAAAAGUCUUCCUACAAAUCGUACGCUGGGCUUAGUUCACGAUCCGUGCGUACCGCUUGGGAGCAACACGACAAGCAGGAAACGGAGGUAGCGCCCGAUGUGUACACCAAGCUGGCGGAGGAUGCCACCUACAAACUGUGGGAGUUUGCAAACAGCAUAAAAACGUAUAGCCGCCAUUCCAGCGGACGGGUUACGUUCGAUCUGGUCAACGAAGUGCUGAAAGAUUCGGACGUACCGCCUAUUGUGGGUGCAAACAGUCAACCGUGGGAUAAAAUAGAAUACGAUGGAGCAUACUUCUUCAAUUCGGAUGAAGUGCUGGACUUGCGGGAAGAGUACAUCAAACACAUCUCAUUGGAGCAACACAAUGUGCCCGUUCUUACUACCACCUGGAUGGCCGAAUCAGACAUUGCGGAAGAUUUGAUAGCGAUGCAUAACAACAUAUGCGACUCCAUUUUUAUUGGCGAUGAAGCAUGUUUCAACGCCGCAAUUGACAUACUGCAGUACAACCAGCACACGCCUUCUUUGAUGAAACUGUUGCUAACGAAGGCUAUCGAAAUGCUCGGUUUCGAAUAUACGGAGGAAACGUUGCGCCGUGCGUUAGAGUACUUGGAAGCUCUCGCUCAGAACUGUCACGUUGCCCAUUCGGAUCUAACGCUGGAGUUGAGCCUACUUAGUCAACUGUUUGUAAAUUUGCUGCUCGGGCCGGCUGGAUUUGUUCAUGCCAAACUACUGCAACCCAACGAUCUAGUCCAACGUUCGGUUCCAACGCUUGCUGGAACCGUUCCACAGCAACAGUCAGACUCGGAUCAGCAGCAGCAGCAGCAACAACAACAGCAACAGGUGUUGGAUAAUAUUUCCCCCCUGUUCAACAGUUCGAUGGCACUGUUGGAAAACAAUUUACCACCAGCGGAAGAUUCCAACAACUCCAACUCGAACGCUACCGAAGAAUUGCUGCGUAGCAUCGAAAACAUUAAGGACGGUGCAGAUGGGAUCGACCUCAACAUUAAGGACGAAUAUGAAGCUCUCUUCUCGAUGGUGCAAGGGUUGGGCAAGCAGGAAGGUGUGGACGAUGGCACCAUGGUAGGGACGGAAUCGCUUGCCGAAACCGUGGUCGAUGGGUUUCAGGUGAAAACCGAAUUCGAUCCGGAAGCGUACGAUGCAAAUGCUUCAAACUUUAUCGUCCAACAAGCGGCCGGCACGGUUGCUGGCGGUCACACGGAACAUCCUACCGCAGCACUACACGAUCCAGGCAUGUUGACGAGCGAAAUGCUCAAUUCGCUUGCGGCCAGUGCUGUAGCUGCGGCUGCCGUGACGGGCACGGCAGUGAACAGUGAUGGCCAUAUGACCAUGUUUGAUCUGAAACCGGAUGCAAGCAAGAGCAAGCUGCUGGAAUCCAGCACAACGGCCACCCUGCUCGAUGCAGAUCCGGAAGAAAAUGUAAGCUUACCGAUGUCGGAAAGUAGCGAUGGUGGUGGUGAAGUGAACAAUCCAAACUCGACCACGCUCGAAAGUGAAAACAUCACGACGCUGAUCUGCGAGGAUUAUCUGGUCGAUAGCGUUUGCCGGGUGAUUGGAUUGUGCGCUAGCAAAUGGGGCUUUGUCGAGCAGGAAUGUACUUUUCUGCUGGUGGAACGUUUGCAGCGCUACUUUCAGGAACGGAAAACGGUCGCGCUCGAUUACAACUGGUUGGCACGCAUUUUUCGUGGCCUGUGGGCGAUAGGGGAGUUUGCGCUGAGGGAGCUGGUGCCGUACUUCUACCACAUCGACAGCCAAUCGGUUCCAGAGUAUUUGGUUCCACAUUUUAGUGCUGCUGGAAUUUUCUUAAACGGACGAUCCGAUAUCUUUUUCUACGAAUAUUUGUACGACGUUUGUGGCGACAGUUUAGCGCCUUUUACAUUCUCUUACGAUCAAUACAUCGAAAAGCUCUACUUGAAGUAUCACAAACAAAGGGUAAAAACUAUAGCUGCAAAAAAUUGCUACAAAGUGGUCGCUAAAGUUGUUCCUACACGACUACCGCCAUCCUACACACCGCGACCGUCUACCACCUCAAAACUCACACUUCAGGUCGCAUUUGAGGAUUACAGCGAAAAACGGUUGCCCAGUGUCGGUGCGACAAAUCAACCGCCAAAACCACGCAUUGGCUUUAGAUUUCCUGGCUGCCGGUCGAUACCAUUAAAAACGUGUUCGGUAAGAACUGCAACGGCAAACAGUAUGUUCCCAAUCAUGGAAGUGGCCAACGUUGGAUUGAAACAAAACACUGCACUUUUCAAAUCGUUUAAUUCUAAAACGGUCGUUGCAAGAAGACGAUUGCUAAUGCCAGUUACAAACGAACCACCUAAACGACGUGUAUUUGGCUUUGGAUCGUGUAUGUUAUAAAAUGUUAAGCGCAAAACCGUUGUAAAAGUAUAAGUAAA